UUGCGGACAUUCCGGACCGGACCCGGCGGUCUGGUUCUGGUCCAGACGGAACCAGGGUGGCAGGGGGAGUUUGGUUCGAUCACGAACCCACAAACCCCGAGACGGAACCGUCGGACCACGGACUGGUUCUGCACAUCCCUAUUAUACAUUGUUUAUCCUCCCACACGAGUGGUGACUAUAGCCCAGCCCCAUCCACAAGCUUUCCAUCCCUUCCUGGUCAUGCAGAGAUGAAAAGGUCACUGUUGGGUUCAAUUCCUCUUGCUGUUGAAGGCAAAGGAGGCCUGCCAGAGGGGACCUCGUGUCAAUCCUAUUCUAUAAGUGCAACCAGAUACAAAACAAGCUGUUCUAGGGGGAAAGUGCAAUUCUAAAAGACCAGUUUAAACAUUCAAGUCAUGAAAAAGCUGCAUUAUGUUUGAUCUACAAUGUGGCCGAUAACCAUGAGAAAAGUCAAGUGAGUCAUUCAGGCUCCUCUAGAACUCUGGCCAAGUGGAUCCCAACAUAGGAAAGUAAGAAGUGGGCCGUAGCUAUAAUUAAGCGGAUGGGUUCAAAGAACCCAGCCCCACAGCUCCUGAGGGACCUCCAGAUCCACCCCUCCUUAUUUUCUUCAUUAUAUCUCUCACUCCAAGGGGUGAACAUGGACCCUCUCUCCCCUAGUUACGCCCCUGGUAGGAAGCUACCUUAUACUGAGUUGAACCACUGGUGCAUCUACACAGACUGGCAGUGGCUUCUCCAAGGUUACAGGCCGGAGUCUCUCUCAGCCCUAUCUGGAGAUGCUGCCAGGGAGAGAAUCAGGGACCUUCUGCAUGCAAGCAGGCAGGUGCUCUUCCCAGAGCGGCACCAUCCCCUAAGGGAUCUUACAGUGCUCACACAUGUAGUUUCCCAUUCAAAUGCAAACCAGGGUGGAUCCUGCUUAGCAAAGGGGACAAUUCAUGCUCGCUACCACAAGGCCAGCACUCCUCCUCCCUCCUUCCCCUGCCAAAGAUGCUCCCUGCAGUCUCCAUAGCUACUCCCCACAGAAUCUUCCCAAAUGAAUACAACACUCUUCUGGAAAACUGCUGUCAAAUUCCCAGUUUGGAGGAUUUCCCCCUAAUCUGUGUAGACUUCUCAGUGUCAUGGAAUGUGACUCUAGCAUCAUAGGAUGUGUGCCCAAAGAAAAUGCACAGCUUGGGUCCACGAUGAACAUGAUGUGAGCUCAAAUCCAUCGGAGACGAUUCUGGUGGACUUACGGACUGGGGUGCGAAUCAAAUUUGAGUUUACAGCGUAUAGGAGAAUCAGCUUCCCUUGGGGUUCCACCAUGGCCAAACCUGCUUCUGAUUCCAAGAACGGGGUGACUCCUGCUGCAGGUACCGGAUCAGAAAUGAAUACUCCCAAUAAAGCUGUCGCCACCGAGGCUCAAGGUAAGGAAGAAAAGAUGUCCAAGCAGCAGCAGGAGCAGAAGAUGGAGAAAGAGAAGGAGGAGAAAGAAUGGGUCAUGCCACCAUCCACACCAGUGGUUGUUCAGAGGGAGAUCAAACUUCCACCACAGCCAGUGGAGACGGUACCCAAAAAGAAAGACAAGGGGGAAAACAAAGCACCAGUCCCACCGUCAAUGCCAGAAAAGGAGCCAAGUGUCCCUCAAAUACCAUCUGAGAAGGAGCUAACGGCCCCUCCACCACUAGAGAAGCAGUCAGAGGUCCCCCCACCAUCAUCUGAGGAGCCAGCAGUCCCUCCAUUACUACCUGAGGAUCUAGGGGCCCUGCCAUCACCAACAGAGAAGGAGCCAGAGGCCCCACCAUCACUACCUGAGAAGCUAGUGGGCCCUCCAUCACCACAACAGAAGGAGCCAGUGGUCUCCCUGCCUUCACCUGAGGACACAGCGUCCCCUCCAUCACCGCCACAGAAGGAGCCAGCGUCCCCUCCAUCACCGCCACAGAAGGAGCCAGCGUCCCCUCCAUCACCGCCACAGAAGGAGCCAGCGUCCCCUCCAUCACCAGCAGAGAAGGAGCCAGCGUCCCCUCCAUCACCGCCACAGAAGGAGCCAGCGUCCCCUCCAUCACCCACAGAGAAGGAGCCAGCGUCCCCUCCAUCACCGCCACAGAAGGAGCCAGCGUCCCCUCCAUCACCGCCACAGAAGGAGCCAGCAUCCCCUCCAUCACCGCCACAGAAGGAGCCAGCGUCCCCUCCAUCACCAGCAGAGAAGGAGCCAGCCUCCCCUCCAUCACCCACAGAGAAGGAGCCAGCCUCCCCUCCAUCACUGCCACAGAAGGAGCCAGCGUCCCCUCCAUCACCAGCAGAGAAGGAACCAGCGUCCUCUCCAUCACCAGCAGAGAAGGAGCCAGCGUCCCCUCCAUCACCAGCAGAGAAGGAGCCAGCGUCCCCUCCAUCACCAGCAGAGGAGGAGCCAGCGUCCCCUCCAUCACCAGCAGAGGAGGAGCCAGCGUCCCCUCCAUCACUGCCAGAGAAGGAGCCAGCGUCCCCUCCAUCACCGCCAGAGAAGGAGCCAGCGUCCCCUCCAUCACCGCCAGAGAAGGAGCCAGCGUCCCCUCCAUCACCGCCAGAGAAGGAGCCAGCGUCCCCUCCAUCACCGCCAGAGAAGGAGCCAGCGUCCCCUCCAUCACCGCCAGAGAAGGAGCCAGCGUCCCCUCCAUCACCGCCAGAGAAGGAGCCAGCGUCCCCUCCAUCACCGCCAGAGAAGGAGCCAGCGUCCCCUCCAUCACCGCCAGAGAAGGAGCCAGCGUCCCCUCCAUCACCGCCACAGAAGGAGCCAGCGUCCCCUCCAUCACCAGCAGAGGAGGAGCCAGCGUCCCCUCCAUCACCCACAGAGAAGGAGCCAGCGUCCCCUCCAUCACCGCCACAGAGGGAGCCAGCGUCCCCUCCAUCACCCACAGAGAAGGAACCAGCCUCCCCUCCAUCACCCACAGAGAAGGAACCAGCCUCCCCUCCAUCACCACCACAGAGGGAGCCAGUGGUCCCGACACCAUCACCCGAGGAGCUAACGGCACCUCCAUCACCUGCAGAGAAGGAGCUAACAGUCCCUCAAACACUAACUAAGAAGGAGUCAAUGUUUCUUAUGCCAGCACCUGAGAAGCCAGCAGCCCCUCCAUCCCCACCACAGAAGCAGCCAGCUAUCUCCCUGCCAUCAACAACUGAGAUGGCAGGGCCAAGAGUCUCACCGCCAGAGGAAGACCUUACAGCCCCAUGGAUACUUGUGCGUAAAGAACCAUCUGCUCCUGGGCUACCACCACCAAAGGCACCCGUAGCCCUUCAACCAUCUUUGACCUGGGUCUACUUGGUCCCUCGGCCACCACCAUCUAAUGAAGGGCUGUAUCAUCAGCACCCAAUGGCAGUCUCUCGAAGCUCAUCAGGAAAGCUUGCAGCAGUCAAAGAAAGAGUCUCAGCUGGAAAAGUGACAUUUAAAGAUGAAACACCCACACAUCCUUGGGCACAACAGGGAACCAUAAAACGAAUUGAAACAAAGCCCUGGAUGAUAGAGAAUUCUGUUGCCCCUGCUGCGGGAACGUCAAAAGCAUCCGAGGUAGUCGAGAGACAAAAGGAAGCAGCUACUAAUAAGACCAUGGACAACCGCCCCUCCCAGACUCUGCAAGCCUCCAGAUCCUCAAUGAUCAAUAGCAUCAAUGCCUUUGUGGAAUCCCCAAUUGGGCAGGUCUUUGCCACCACCAUCGACAGAGCGCUGGACAAAUCAGAGGAAUGGUUGGAUUAUUGUCUUCCUCUGCGAGAGGCCCAAGCUGCCCACUCUAAGAAAUCAAUGGAAGAACGUGACGGCGACGACCUCAGCGAGGAAGGCUGCUUCAUGAGAAUAAGCUUGCUUUCCAACAAGGUGCGUGACCGGGCCUUCCAAUAUGCACUGCAGCAGCUCCGAUCGGCCCGGAAGGACACCCAUGCGAACCUCUCACUGCUUGAUCAGGCCUUCAACCUGAUAGAAAACCCUCAUGCCCCGAGUCUUCCCAAUUUCCCAUAUGUGUCGGAGAAGCUGCAAAACCUCUGGGCCCAGUGGAAUCCAAGAAACAUCUUGUCCAGCAGCAAGCUGUCAUCUGGAGGACCCAGCAGAGAGGCCAUCACUUUAGUGCCUGAGCAGCUGGAGCUGAAGGCUUUGGGUCUGACCCAGACGCUGGCCCACCAGCUAUACGAAACAUACCACAACUUGCUGCCGCAUAUCUCUGAACUCCCUGCACACCUCCAGGGUAAAGUGAUCCAGGUCUAUCACAACCUGGAGGAGAUCCAGUCUCACUUUGCCAAAUUCAAAUCCCUCAAGGAGAUGCCUGCCAGCUUGCUCUCCCAAAGCCGGGCGAAAAUGAACAGCGCUCGGGAGACGCUGGAUGAGCUCUUGGAUUUUGUGGCAUCCAACCCUCGUCCUCAGUGGCUGUCCUCAGCUUAUGCCCAGAGGGCCAGGGCCCUAGCAGCAACAGACAAGCCACCCAGUGGGGAAAGCCCCGAGAGCAGAACCGGAGGGCAGAGCUCCACAGCCCAGCUACCACCAGCUUAAUUCUCCGCCUGUCUUGUGAAUAGCUGAUCCUGAGGUUCUGCUCCCAAAUAAAGACCCCUCCCGAGAAGAAGGUGUUUGCACAUUC